AUGCCUCCCGUUCCCCAGCAACACGCCGGCGCCAUGGGCCCCUCCAUCGCCGACAAGCUCAAGAUGGGUGCCCUCAUGGGUGGCACUGUCGGAGCUGUCAUGGGCUUCGUCUUCGGCUCGGUCAACAUCAUGCGCUACGGCGCCGGGCCCAACGGCAUUAUGAGGACACUGGGACAGUACAUGGCUGGUUCCGGAGCAACUUUCGGCUUCUUCAUGUCCAUCGGUAGUGUUAUCCGAUCCGACUCCGCCAUCGCCGAAGCCGCCUACCGCAACAUGCAGCGAAGACCGGUUCUCGUCUACGGCCCCGGAUCCGAUUUUGCGAAGCGCCAGCAAUAA